AUGUCUUCAGAGGCGCCGAGGACCGCCCAACAGGGCGCAACCUCCUCAACCCCCCCCAACAAGACGAAAGAGCUCUACCCAAUGAGCAACUGGAAAUAUGACGGCUUCUUGUGGACCAUGUCUGUGCUGGUGGACUUUUUCUUUCGGGAAGUUCACCCUCGUGGAGCAUGGAAAGUGCCCAGGCAUGGACCUGUCCUCUUUGUUGCUGCCCCUCACGCAAACCAGUUCGUCGACGCCUUGAUCCUUCAACGAACACUCAAGAUGGAAGCCAAACGCCGCGUCUCGCUCCUGAUCGCACAAAAGUCGGUGCAUGGUUUUAUCGGGUGGGCCUCUCGCCAGGUCGGUUCCGUUCCUGUCGGCCGCGCACAAGACUCGGCCAAGCCCGGAAAAGGAACCAUUUACCUCCCCGACCCUAUUAACGACCCGACCCUUAUCCGUGGAAUUGGCACAGACUUUGAGAAACAGGCCGAGGUGGGCGGCAUGCUCUUUUUGCCGUCUGCCAAGGGCCAGAGCGGUGCGAGUGUUGAUAUUGCGGAUAUCCUCGGGCCCGAAGAGAUCCGUAUCAAGCGUGCCGUCAAGGGCAAGCUCGGAGUCAGCCAGCUUACCGCUCGAGACGAUAUUGAUGAGAACGGAAACCUCAGAAACGUGGACCAGGAUGGGCCAAAGCCGGGAUACCAAGGGACCAAAUACAAGGUAGCUCCGCACAUUGACCAGUCAAAGGUCUACCAAGCGGUGUUUGACCGUCUCAAGUCGGGCGGCUGUGUCGGCAUCUUCCCAGAGGGUGGCAGCCAUGACCGCACUGAACUCCUGCCUCUGAAGGCCGGUGUGGCUAUUAUGGCGCUAGGAACCCUUGCCGAGUCUCCCGACUGCGGUCUUCGAAUUGUUCCCGUGGGCAUGAACUACUUCCACGCCCACAAGUUCCGCUCACGGGCCGUCGUCGAAUUUGGGCCUCCGUUUGAGGUUCCUGCGAAGCUAGUUGAGAUGUACAAGAGCAAUAGGAGGCGAGACGCGAUCGGCCAGCUUCUGGACAUGGUUCAUUCGUCUCUGAGCGCCGUAACUGUUUCGACGCCCGACUACGACACGCUAAUGGUGAUUCAAGCCGCGCGGAGGUUGUACAACCCUACUGGAAAGAAGCUUCCUUUGCCUGUGGUUGUCGAGUUGAACCGUCGGCUGGCGAUGGGGUACGAGAAGUACAAGGAAGACCCACGCAUUGUCAGCCUUAGGAAAUCGGUCACCGAGUACAACAGGACGUUGAGGUAUCUCAAUAUCCGUGAUCACCAGGUCGAGUAUGGCAAGAUGUCGUGGCCCAUUGUCGUGUUUACCUUCAUCUACCGGAUCCUCAAGCUUAUCGUCCUCUCCGCGGGCGUUCUACCUGGCCUCAUCCUCUUCGCGCCUAUUUUCAUCGCCACCAAGUACAUCAGCCACCAAAAGGCUAAGACAGCACUGGCCGGGUCUUCGGUCAAAAUCCAGGGCAAGGAUGUCAUGGCGACGUGGAAACUGCUGGUGUCUCUCGCUCUCGCACCGAUCCUCUACGGCACCUACACCUUCCUCACCAUGUACCUGGUUUACAAGGAUCGGCUUGGCGGUCGCGUGCCGGAGUGGGUGUCCCUGUGGUCGGUGUUCUGGGCGGGCUGGAUUGUCUUCCCAGCGAUUACGUUCGCCGCGUUACGAUUCGGCGAAGUCGGCAUGGACAUACUCAAGUCGCUGCGGCCCUUAGCGUUGUGCAUCAACCCGUCUUCCAGCUAUAGCAUCAGCCAGCUCCGGGAGCGACGCGUGGAGCUCAGCGCCCAGGUCACCAAUAUCAUCAAUGAGAUUGGCCCGGAGAUGUUCCCCGAUUUCGAACACACCCGGCUCGUCUUUGAUUCGUUCGCCCGCGGUGCUUCCACGGACAUCUCCAACGCCUUCCUACACAACACAGGCGGCAGCGGCCACGGCGGCAGCGGCUCGGGACCCAGCUCGCCAGCCCACUCGCGCAGCCAGAGCGGCGCGUCAUCUCCGGGACCCCACAGCCCAUCCAUCUCGCGACGCAGCACCACACAGUCGAGCCGCGCGAUCCCGCGCAACGAGUCGUUCAACAAUAUCGGCCAAGUGCCCAUCUUUGCCACACGCCCGCCUAGCCGCAACCGUAGCCGGAGCAGCAGUGCGGGCGGUGGGCUCACGGGGUCUGUCGGACCCGGAGCCGGGUUCCCCAUCAGCGGGUUUACUACGCUGGAUAGUAAAGAAGGUUUCGACCAGGCGAACAAGAAGAUCCGUGAGGCGAUGCGCGAACGUGGCGAGCUGCGGCAGCGGAGGCAGCAACAACAGCACGGGAGGAAACGGUCCCAGGUGUUGUUGGGGGAUGAGGAUGGCUUGAGCAGUGGGAGUGAGGAUGAGGAUGGCAAUGGGGCCCAUGACGAUGAUGAAGAUGGGGUGGAGAGUGUGGAGAGCGGGCUGGCCGAUUAUGAGGAGGCACGGAAGGCUCAGUAG